GCAGAGAUCUGGACCUAGGGGCAGAUGCUUCGGUUUCUCCAAGCCCAAAGGGAUAAGAAACCCAAGAGAGAAGCAGCCUCUCAGGGUCUCCCUCCCACAAUGGCCGCCGGCUUCUUCUCUUCCUCCAUUCUCCUCCUCCUCCUCCUCCUCAUCUUCUUCUUCGAAUCCGGUGAGUCCCAUCAGAUUUCCGACCCACAUUGGCAGCCCGCCACGGCGACGUGGUAUGGCAGCCCCGACGGCGACGGCAGCGACGGUGGAGCAUGUGGGUAUGGGUCGCUGGUGGACGUCCGGCCGAUGAAGGCGAGGGUGGGGGCAGUGAGUCCGGUGCUGUUCAAAGGCGGGGAGGGAUGCGGGGCCUGCUACAAGGUGAAGUGUGUCGACGGGAAUAUCUGUUCCCGGCGGGCGGUGACUGUGAUCGUCACCGACGAGUGCCCGGGGGGCUACUGUGCCUUCGGCCGCACCCACUUCGAUCUCAGUGGUGCUGCCUUUAGCCGCAUGGCCGUAGCCGGCUCCGCCAGCCAGCUCCGCGACCGAGGCGAGAUUUCGGUCCUCUUCCGGAGGACUCCGUGUAAGUAUCGUGGGAAGAACAUAGCCUUCCAUGUGAAUGAAGGCUCAACAGAGUAUUGGUUAUCGCUUCUGGUGGAGUUUGAGAAUGGAGAUGGAGAUGUUGGAUCCAUGCACAUAAAACAGUCCAAUUCCGUGGAAUGGCUAGAGAUGAAACAUAUCUGGGGAGCAAAUUGGUGUAUCAUUGGAGGACCUCUAAGGGGGCCCUUCUCAGUAAAGCUGACCACAUUGUCCACACAGAGGACCCUCUCUGCCCGGGAUGUGAUUCCAAAGAAUUGGUCUCCCAAGGCCACCUACACCUCCCGCCUGAACUUCUCUUAAUUAAAGGGCGGCAGACUCAAUAGGUCAAAAGAAGCUACUCUUCUGUCUCCAUGAGGGAAAAAGUAGCCGUUGGUGGUUGUGCUCUUUUGAAGAAUAACAUAAAAAAAUAGCCGUUGGGAUGCCAAGGCAAUCCCACGGGCUCUUUCUAUAAUCCCCUAUUAUCUUAGUUUUUGGAAGUUUCUAUAUAUAUGUUGUAGCCAUAGGGCUCAGCAACGUGCCCCAUGUAGAUGAUGUAGCCCUCUCCUAAAGGAGAGCGAGCGCCCAUUUGUGUGACAUUUGUGUACGUUUGUGGGAUCCCAUCUAAUUAUAUGCAUGGGAUUCUCAAUAGAGUAUUGUAACAAAACAAGGUCCCACUCCUGUUGGUGCCUUAGGCCAGGAUGUGGAUGCCUCCUUCUUGUUUAGUUGAACCCUAUGAAGGGUUUUCCAAUAAUUUACUUUGGAGUAACAUGAGUUCUGUAUUCACA